AUGUGUUUACUUGUUCUCCUCCUGGCGGCUGCGUCCGUCGCCUUUACUCACUCUUCACCGAGCAUGAAAGAAUUGAUCAAUAUCGUCAACAAGUCCAACACUACAUGGAAGGCUGGUCUGAACUUCCCCAACACCGACCUCAUCUACGCUAAAAGUCUCUGCGGCGCCAUUUUAAACGGUCCCAAAGGGCCAAAGGUUGUUCACGACCUCCCAGACAAGCAACUUCCCGAGAGCUUCGACGCACGCCAACAGUGGCCUAAGUGUCCAACCAUUCAGCAAAUCCGAGAUCAAGGCUCCUGCGGGUCCUGCUGGGCUUUCGGUGCUGCCGAGGCUAUAUCCGACCGAUUAUGUAUCCACAGUGGCGGCGAGAUCUCCGUGGAGAUCUCCGCAGAGGAUCUUCUGUCUUGUUGUGAUGAAUGCGGGAUGGGUUGUUUCGGUGGUUUCCCCGCCGCCGCGUGGGAUUUCUGGGUCAAGCGAGGUUUGGUGACCGGAGGCCUUUACGACUCCAACGUGGGUUGUCGGCCGUAUUCGCUUCCGCCUUGCGAACACCACGUCAACGGCACUCGUCCUCCGUGUAAGGGCGAACAGGAGACACCCAAGUGUGUUCAACGAUGCGUUGGCGGCUACUCGCCGUCUUAUCCCAAGGACAAGCAUUUUGGUCGACGAUCAUACAGCAUCUCCGAACAACAGGAUCAGAUCAUGAAGGAGCUUUACAGCUAUGGACCAGUUGAAGCAGCGUUCACCGUCUACGCAGAUUUUCUUCUCUAUAAAACUGGAGUGUACCAGCACGUUACCGGGGAGAUGCUGGGCGGUCACGCUAUCAAGUUGCUGGGCUGGGGCGAGGAGAACGGAACACCUUACUGGUUGGCAGCCAACUCCUGGAACAGUGACUGGGGAGAUAAUGGGUUUUUCAAGAUCAAGCGUGGAAGUGACGAAUGCGGUAUCGAGUCGGAGGUGGUUGCAGGAAUUCCACUCAACUAG